AAAAAAAAUGAAAAAUGGACAAACUAAGGUUUGACUUUAAAACGAGAGGAACGGCCGAUGGAAAAUCAACAAUUUUAUGCCUAACUUCAAUAGGCACACCAGAUGGUCAUACUUUCGCUAUUCAAGAUGAAUACCAACCAAUAACUUUACACAAGGAAUUGAUGAAAUCACAAGUAUAUAAUAGAGUUAAAAAUACAUUAAAAAAAAGAAAUCAAUUCAGAAAAGUUUGGAUAACUAUGACAGAAGAUCUGAAAAAAGUUAAUGUAAAUGAUGAUGACAACUUAUUAUUUUCAGACCUUUAUUUAGAAGAAAUUUCAGAAGAAGAAUGUGAUAAAUCUAUAGUAAGUACUUCAGACACUAUAACAAAAUUAUUAGAAAAAAUCUUGGAAUCCAAACAACAGACUUCUGAAAUAAAAAAUCUACAAAAAAUUGCUAGUGAUUUCAUGAUUGACAAAUUCAAUGAAAACAAUACAAACGCUAAUCAAUGGAUAAAUCAAUUUGAAAAAGAAUGUGAACGCUGUGUAAUAAAUGAAGAAAAAAAAAAAAUUGAGAUUUUGAAAUUUUUCCUUGAGAAAUGCAGCGCUGAUUGGUACUCCUGUAUGAUUUUGAAAUAUUCUAUAGAAUCAGAAUGGAACAAUUGGAAAAAAAAUUUCAUUGAAACAUUUGGAAACAAAGGUUGGUCACCUAUAAGAUAUGCUUUUAGUUUUAAAUAUCAAUCGGGUUCUUUGCUCGAAUAUGCUAUAAAAAAAGAAAAAUUAUUACUUCAAAUUAGAAAAUCUAUAGAUACUGAAACAUUAAUUGAUCUUAUUGCGGUUGGCUUACCAAAUUAUGUCUCUGAUAAAGUAGACAAAGAAACUCUAGAAGAAACUCAGGAUCUUUAUAAUGAAAUUAGCAAGCUAGAACAUCUUGUUAAAAACAAUACUAUUGGGAGAAAAGGAAAACCAGAUUUUGAAAAUAGAAAAAAAGUGGAAGAAAAAAAACCAUGCCAAAUAUGUGAAAAUGCAAACAAAGGGAAACGCUUCCAUUCUGAAUUAAAUUGCUGGUUUAAAGAAAAAGAGGACAAAAGUAAAAAAGAUGGAUCAUUGAAAUCUGUAAACAAUUAGGAAUUA